GGUACCAUCCAGAAGCCAAAUCUGAACUCCACCCCCACGACAAAGAAGAUGGGAACCAAACCUGAACUCACAGAGGACCAGAAACAAGACAUUCGGGAAGUAUUCGAUCUCUUUGAUACAGAUGAAACAGGGACAAUAGAUGUUAAGGAACUCAAGGUGGCCCUGAGAGCUCUGGGCUUCGAAGCCCAGAAAGAAGAGAUCGAUAAAAUGAUAGCUGACAUUGAAAAGGAGGGGACGGCAAAAAUCACUUUCGAUGACUUCGUGACUGUAGUGACCCAAAAAAUGGCUGAAAAGAUGCCAGAGAAGUAAUUAUGAAGGCAUUUAAGUCUCUUGAAUGAUGAAGAUCCUGGAAAAAUCUCCUUCAGCAACUUAAAACGUGUGACCAGAGAGCUAGGGGGAAACCUCACUGAUGAGAAACUGCAAGAAAUGAUUGGCGCAGCUGAACAAGAUGGGGAUGGAAAUGGAGAAGUCAACGAAAUGGAGUUCCUGUGGCUCAUGGAAAACAUCAGUCUCUACUGA